AUGACUGAAAUAUACCAAAUCUCUCCACGAGACGAUUACGAAUGGCAAAUAAUUACGGGUGAAAAUUUAAUGUUGAGGUAUGCCGAAAUAUUUUCAAAGUCCAUGUCAGAAUUUAUAUUGACUCGUCUCGAAGAGCAAAUCGAAUAUUACGAUAGAAACUUGUCGAAAGUGUGCGUGUACGGAAAAUGGCACGAAAUCCCUCGUAAACACGUGGCUUUCUCAGACGACGGCUUAUCGUACGAAUUUUCCGGCAAUCGCAUUCCUUCGAAACCUUGGCAAACGUCUCCGAUCGUUUUUGAAUUGAAAAAGUGUGUAGAAUCCAUCGUCGGUCAUCGAUACAAUUUCGUGCUCGUCAACAGAUACGAAAACGGUUUGGAUCAUAUCGGAGAGCAUCGAGACGAUGAGAAGGAACUAGACCCCGCAGCUUCGAUUGCUUCACUUUCGUUUGGAGCAGCUAGAGACUUUGUGCUGAAGCACGCAUACGGAGGAGGUAAGAAGAAAAUUGAGUUACGUCCCGGUUCGUUACUGUUGAUGGAAUUUCCGACGAAUAAGUUUUGGUACCACAGCCUUCCCGUCAGAAAAAAAGUUUCGGGAAAGCGCAUUAAUUUGACCUUCAGAAAAAUGAUUGUUUAG